AUGGGUGUAACGUUACAUUUGAGGGCGGAAACCAAGGCAUUGGAGGCUCGUGCAGCUCUGACACCGAGUGUGGUACGUAAGCUUUUAGAUAAGGGCUUUAAGAUAUAUGUAGAGGAGAGUGCGCAGUCUACAUUCAGAAAGGAAGAGUAUGAGGAGGCAGGAGCUGAGAUUGUAGAUGCAGGAUCGUGGCAGGAGGCAGACAAGGACAGGAUUAUAAUAGGGUUGAAGGAGAUGCCGGAGACGGAUACGUUUCCACUUGUACAUGAGCAUAUUCAAUUUGCGCAUUGUUAUAAGGAUCAGGCUGGCUGGCGUGAGGUUCUUGGACGUUUUAAACGGGGCCAAGGUCUUCUAUAUGAUCUUGAGUUCUUAGAGGACGAUCAGGGUAGACGGGUUGCAGCUUUUGGGUUUUAUGCGGGGUUUGCUGGGGCCGCGGUGGGAUUGAGAGAUUGGGCGUUUAAGCAUACGCAUGCUGAUUCCGAGGAGCUGCCUGCAUUAACACCUUAUCCGAAUGAACAGGCAUUGGUGGCAGAUGUUGUUGCUGACUGUCGUGCUGCUUUUAAAACGGGAGCGAAGCAGCCAACCGUGUUGAUUAUUGGUGCGUUAGGCAGGUGUGGUAGCGGAGCAGUUGAUCUGCUGCGCAAGUGUGGGAUUCCAGAUGAAAAUAUUCUCAAAUGGGAUAUGGACGAAACUAAGCAUGGUGGUCCAUUCAAAGAAAUUGCCCGUGCGGAUAUAUUCAUCAACUGCAUAUAUUUGUCAAAGGCCAUCCCGCCAUUUAUAAACAUGGAACUGUUGAAUGAUCCUGAACGGAAUUUGAGAACUGUAGUUGAUGUUUCAGCAGACACAACAAAUGUUCAUAACCCUAUUCCAAUUUACAGUAUUUCUACUGUAUUUAACAAGCCGACAGUUGUAGUUCCUACCACAGCGGGGCCCAAGCUUUCGGUUGUUUCGAUAGACCACUUGCCAUCCAUGUUGCCUAGAGAGGCAUCGGAAGCAUUUGUUAAUGAUCUGCUUCCUCAUCUAGAAACGCUCACUGAAAGAGAUACCGCACCUGUAUGGGUGAGGGCGAAGCAGUUGUUUGAAAAGCAUUGCUCGCGCUUAGAUCGGGAACAGAUGCUCUGA